GGCAACCGUGACCAUCUACACCGACGAGGCUGACUUCAAUCGUGCCAUCGGAGCUUCAUAUCUGUGGAAAACCGAUCCUGUGUGGAGUGCUUCUAAGGAAGGCCCGAGCACGAUGAAGCUCUACCACGAGGGUGGUCUGGUAUCAGCCGCAACCAUCUCGGUCGAUGAGUCUGCAGAGCAGUCUGAAGGCUGCAAUAUCAUGUAACGCGGUGGAUCCGCUCGCAGGACUUGGAGAUCGAUAGGCAGCCUACAACCACCCGUACUCAGUGGGCAAACACAUGAUGUACUGGUCGUACGCUUCUCAUGCUCUUCAUUCCCUGUGGAUGCACAUACCAAGUUUAUUCGUAUGGGUGGAUACCGUACUAUAUCUGACGAGUAUUUAGUUAAGGUGGAUUGGGGUAUGCUUCCUUAUAACAUGCUGGAUGGAGGCCGGUGGCAGAGCCUAUCUGUUUCUUGACCAAUAUCUCUUAUGAAUUUGUGGGGAAGACCUUCCAAUCUUACGGAUGUGAUGUCGAAUCGAUCUACGAUUGCCCGUGCUGCUAUGCGCGUAUUCGGAUAUACCCUUGUGUAAGAAACACUAACCACUUUGAAGUAUAUACGUGGACAUACAGCGUUGUAAGCCUUUUUCUGAUACUCUUUUACAUAAGGAUACUACUCUGACCUCGAACAGCACAAUGGAUGUGCACAUUCUCAUACCAAACGUAUAACUCUGCCAAAGGGAUGUCAGUUUCUUACGAGACUGGAGAACUUGUGCGAGUUUACAUUUUGUCGACCGCGACACGAAUAAUAAAAUAGACUAGCUUAUCUG